AGAAUGAGUGAUUCGAAAAGUCUUUCAAAAAUAUUUAAAAAAUAAAUAUUUAUACAAAAAUUAUAAUAUUCCUUCUUAUUGCCAUUUGACAAUUUUGCGUAAUGGUUGAUAAUCUGAUUGUACCGAAUGAACAUGAGGAUGUAAGGACAAAUGAAGGCGUUUGGUGGCGACACUCCGUUUCUGGUGGCUUAGCCGGCGCUAUAUCCCGCACAUGCACCGCGCCAAUAGACAGAAUAAAAUUAUAUAUGCAGGUUCAAACGACGAAAACCUCCAUUUAUGAUAACGUAAGUUAUAUGUUACAAAAUGGUGGCAUACGCAGCAUGUGGCGUGGUAAUGCAGUCAAUGUGAUGAAGAUAAGCUCCGAUUCGGCUAUAAAGUUUACACUAUACGAAAAAGUGAAACACUACAUCAGAAUCGAGAGAAAUACGACGCAACAAGAAAUGUCUAUUGGUGAACGAUUCAUAGCUGGCGCCAUUGCGGGUACGAUAUCGCAAACAACGGUCUAUCCCUUUGAUCUAAUGAAAACGCGCUUGGCACUACAAACCACGGCUGAAAAUAAAGGUUUAAUGAAUUUAAUUAAAAAUAUAUAUACGAAGGAAGGCAUGCGCAGUUUCUACAAUGGUUACACCGUGAACAUUUUGGGUGUUAUACCCUACGCUGGCAUUGAUUUGGCUCUGUAUGAAACGUUAAAGAAAUAUUUAAAUAGUGAACGUACUGAUAAACAUCCAAAUAAUUUAACUUUACUUGUCUGUGGCGCAAUUUCGAGCGCUUUGGGUCAGAUCAUUACUUAUCCUUGUUCGUUGAUUCGCACGCGGCUGCAAACUCAAGUUGUCGAGAAGGAAGAACCACGCACCAAAAUUGCACAGAGACCAAUAAGUCGAGAUAAGACAUUGCAAAUAGUCAAAGCGAUCAUUGUGAACGAAGGUUUCGCUGGUUUAUAUCGUGGUCUUUUGUUAAAUUUGUUAAAAGUUGUGCCUGCAGUUUGUAUAAGCUAUAUAGUAUAUGAGUAUUCGAUACGGACAUUAGGGGUGUCUAUGAGUUAAAGUCACUAGAGUAUAUAUGUAACAGUCGUUUAUUGCGUAAAGUUAGUUGUAAAAUGAAAAUCUCCUACUUAUAUAUA